UUGUCGAUCAAGUGUGAAGGAUAUAAGCCAUGUAGUUGGUAAAAUAUCUUAUUACGGGGUUAUCAGAGACAUUAUUUUACUAGAUUAUCAUAGUUUUAAAAUUCCUAUGUUACAUUGUGAUUGGGCAAAUAUAGAUAGUGGAGUCAAAAGUGAAGAAGGAUUUACCUUGAUAAAUCUUCAUAAAGGACAACAUCAAUUUGAAAGAGAUCCAUUUAUUUUAACUUCACAAGCAAAACAAGUUUUUUAUUCUAAAGAGAGCGAUACAUCUAAUUGGUAUAUUGUAUUAAAGGCACCUCCCAGAGGAUUUCAUGAGUUAGAAAAUUUUGAUGAGGAGGCUUAUACUCCAUCCACUUUAGAUGCAAAUGCAUUAAGACUUGAUAUAACUGUUGAAGAUGAAGGUUAUGUAAAAUAUGAUUGUGAUGGCAUUGAUAUUGAACAUGAUGCAAACGAUGAAAGCUGAGUUUUGUUGAUGCUUUUGUCCACACGAGUGAAAUAAGAUGACAUAUCAUGGUGAAUCCUCUAAUCAAGGCUACAAGAAGUCAAAACGAGCUAAAAAAGCUUUAAAUGUUGUUGCCACAAGAGAAGAGAAUGAAAGGAUAAGAAUAUCAGAAGGAGGUUCUAAUUCUGUUCAAAACAUACAAGUUAAUGAUGUGCAACAUGAUGUAGAAGUGCUGCCUAAUAGUGCUAGUACUACUGAGAAAGGAAAGAAGAGAAGGGGUCGAGCAAAAUUGAAUUAUCUCAACAAGGGAAAGGGCGCGAAAUUACCAGAGAGUUUAAUGAAAGAGGGCAGCCAAUUUGUAAAGGUUCAACUAAGUUAUCAUCAUUUAUUGGGACUACAACUAGAGAACUUAUACCAAUUACAUGGAAAAAUUGGAAAGAUAUCAGCAAAAAUUUUCUUGAUGACACAUGUUAGUGCAGAAAAUAUAUCAUGCAAAAAAUGGGAAAGAUUUGGCAAGAUCAUCGAUCUAAUGUGCUUAAAGUAAUCAAUGAAAGAGGAACAAAAAAUGGGAAAGAUUUGGCAAGAUCAUCGAUCUAAUGUGCUUAAAGUAAUCAAUGAAAGAGGAAAAACAAUUGGCAUAACACGAGCUGCUGCUCUCCUCAAGCUCGAUAAUGUUGAAUCAAUGGAAGAAUGGCAAGCAUUUGUCAAAGAACACAAUUCUCAACCGUAUAAGG